CCGCCGAGACACGCGCCCCGCACGGCUCGCCCAGACUUUCCAGUUUCACUUGGGGACAGCACGCACCGCAGUCCGCAGCGUCUUUCCCUUCUGCUCGUCCUCCGCCUCCGUCGCAGGUGCCGGCGCUAAGCGAGGAUCCCUCCGCCCCUCCCUCCGGCCGUCCGUCCCGACGGGACCUCGACUGGUAUCGUCGGUCGCUGUGGCGACAGGUGACGGGACGGCGAUAUGAAGUGGUUAUGUUGUAACUGCCAUGUUGAUGACGAGGAAGAUGGCCACGACAUGGAACAGGCCAAAACUCAGAGCAAUAAGAUAGACCCCAAGCAGAAGUCUUCAAAACCUCCUGUUAGUCAACCUGAGCCAGAGUUCUCCCCUCCUACAAUUGAUGUCCCUGAAUUGUCGUUGGAUGAUUUGAAACAAAAGACUGAUGAUUUUGGAUCAAGCGCUCUGAUUGGUGAAGGUUCUUAUGGACGAGUGUAUCAUGCUACUUUGGAUGAUGGGAGGCAAGCGGCAGUUAAAAAGCUUGAUGCAUCUGAAAAUGAGCCUAAUGAUGAGUUCCUGAAACAGGUCUCACUGGCAUCAAAGCUAAAACAUGAAAAUCUUGUUGAGAUGUUGGGUUACUGUGUGGAUGGGAAUUAUCGUAUACUUGCAUAUGAAUUUGCAACCAUGGGUUCGCUUCAUGAUGUUUUACAUGGAAGAAAAGGCGUUCAAGGCGCGCAGCCUGGACCUGUACUUGACUGGAUGCAAAGGGUCAAAAUUGCUAUUGAGGCUGCAAAAGGUAUAGAAUAUCUGCAUGAAAAGGUUCAGCCUUCAAUCAUCCAUCGGGACAUCAGAUCAAGCAAUGUACUGCUGUUUGAGGAUUUCAAGGCAAAAAUUGCAGACUUCAAUCUUUUGAACCAAGCACCAGAUAUGGCAGCUCGGCUCCAUUCAACUCGUGUAUUGGGAACUUUUGGAUAUCACGCACCUGAAUAUGCUAUGACUGGUCAGCUGACACAGAAAAGCGAUGUCUACAGCUUUGGUGUAGUUCUUUUGGAACUUUUGACUGGAAGGAAACCAGUAGAUCACACAAUGCCUCGAGGACAACAAAGUUUAGUCACAUGGGCUACUCCAAGGUUAAGUGAAGACAAGGUGAAGCAAUGUGUGGAUCCCAGGUUGAAGGGAGAAUAUCCUCCAAAGGGAGUCGCUAAGCUUGCUGCAGUGGCAGCUCUAUGCGUUCAAUACGAAGCAGAGUUCAGGCCCAACAUGAGCAUAGUUGUGAAGGCGCUUUCGCCUCUCCUUCAACAAAGACCUGCACCAGCCACCGCAGAGCCAGCCCCGCAACCUGUGAGCUGAAACCAGUCAUAUGUGAUGGGACCCUCGGCAUGCAUUCAACCAGCACAUUCUAUGAGUCAUUGAGAGUAUUUUGGCUAUUUGUUCUGUAGCAUUCUCAGUUGGGUACAGCAUACAUGAACUUGCCUCUACUGUUUGUGGACAACAACAGUUCGUGGCUUGAUGUUGGCGCCACACAAUGGUAUAUGCAGUAGGCUCGAAGUUGUUUUUUUACCUUCUCUACCAAUACCAACUGUUUGUAGGUUUCAGAAUUCGUUGCUUGAAGAAUGAUGCAGAAUGAUCUGGACUUUUUACCUUUGGCGUGGCGUUGCUGCCUUGCCUUCCAUGCUGGUUAUCA